AUAAUUGCAAAAGGUUGCAAAUGACACAAACAUAGCUAAAGGAUGGAGUCGACUGUUGUAAUUAUUGGAGUAAUUGCAGCAACUUGUGUCGCUAUAUUUGGAGUGGUGGCUAUUGUUUAUCUGCUAUUCAGUGACAAUUGCUUGCCACCGCAACCAGUUUCACGUGAUAAAAAUUUAAAGGCAUCUAUACUUGCUGUAAUUGGUUCAGGUGGUCACACAUCAGAGCUGUUGAGAUUGAUGGGCCAUCUAGGCAGUCACUAUGAACCUCGAUACUACGUCAUGGCUAACACUGAUGUCAUGAGUGAAGAGAAAGUACACAAACUGGAGAAAGAUGCAAACAUAAUGUAUAGGAUCUACAAGAUACCUAGAAGUCGUGAGGUUAAACAGUCCUGGAUAACGACAGUGCUGUCAACCAUAGUUGCCUCAGUAUAUGCCCUACCCUUGGUCUUCAAGUUACGACCAGAUAUUAUUUUAUGUAAUGGCCCAGGGACAUGUAUACCAGUGUGCCUGGGAGGUCUCAUAUUAAAGUUAUUUUAUCCGUUGAAGUUGGUCUAUGUGGAGAGCAUAUGUAGAGUAGACAGCAUGUCCCUGUCAGGCCAGAUCCUGUACCACUUUGCAGACAGUGUCAUCGUGCAGUGGCCCCAACUACAGAAGAAGUAUCCAAAAUCUCUCUACAUGGGGCGUAUUGUUUAGGAUGCGACUUGGUACUUGUUAUGAUCUGAUUAUGAGAGACUCGUUCUGGGAAAACUGGGCUAGAGCAUUUCAGAUAAGGCCAAAACAAAAUAAUGGUGUGGUUACGGUUACCCGACCGAGCCUAAUAUUUUGCUGCGACCCUACAAUAUUUUAUUCAAAAUUAAAAGCCAAAAGAAACAAAAUCGCGGUAAAAUUCAAACUGUACCGGAGGAACAGUUUUUAGCAACGCCGAUUUUUUUUUAAAGGAGUGCGAUUUUUACGCGCGCACCGUUUAUCUCAUCUGUGAGGCGCUUAAAGUAUUAAAUACAUAGAGCGUCUGCGACGCAAUGAAGAAAACAGCUCCUUCGUCGAUUUUGUUUAAUGUUUUAAGGACAAAGUGCGUAAAAUGCUCUGACAAACACAUCAAUUAAAUCAUUUUUUUAUCCAAUAUCGGAAUCUACUAUUUUGUCUGUUUUCAUGCAUCGGGAUUCUACCUAGUUCUCCGUAUAAUCCUACAAGAUUGGUUGACGUUUGUGCACACAAUAAUUUGGGUAAUUUUUUUAAUGUAUUAGUUUGAUGUCUUUUGCUAUAUGAAUAACCGAAACUUCAGCAGAAAAAUUGAGAAUUGGGGAUAUUAAAACACCAAAUAAUUUGAGUUUUUCUUUUAAUUAAAAUUCAUUAUGAUUGUAAUUAAGCCAUGUUCUUCAAAGUAUUUUCGGGUUUUUAUCCAUCAAAAUUUACAGUAUUUUUCUCUAUAUAAAAAGUUUUCUGAAGUUUGUUUUUGAUAUGAAAAAAAAAAGUCAAUGCAUGGCUACAGCCAAGUUGAAGCCAUGAAUUGACCAUUCAUUCUUAUCAUCAGUUAAAAUGGUUUUUGUGCUAGAUUGCCUAUGUAUGUAUUGGAAAAAAGCCGUUCAACAAAAUAAAAUAAAAAAAUAAAAUGUUUUUCCUACCUACCUACCCUAUUUUUUUUUGGCACGUAACCUGAACCACAACAUUAUUUUGUUUUGGCCUAAGCCUGUGCAGUAGGCACAGUUUAAAGGAAGUAUCUUCUUAGCAAAAAUCCAGUUUAUGCAGUAGUUGUCGUUCCUGAUGUCCCUGUGCACAGGCUAAUCGGGCACUAUACACACAUGCAUUAAGCCCAGUUUUCCCAGUGUAAGGCUCAUGGUGUCAGUAGAUUUGCUCAUAUUUAUUGAAAAAACAUUUUUCUACAAAAGUAGUAUCUUUAGAAUUCCGAAGAAUUAUUUAAAACAUAUUUUUAUUUGAAUGUAGUAGUAUAAGAUUUCCUUAAAUUUUUUAUAAUAUGUGUUUCUACAGAAGUAGUAGAUUAAGAUUUCCCCAGAAUGAUUGAAGACAUUUUUAUACAAAUAAAGAGUAGCUUUGUGAUAUGGCUUCAUGUUUUAUACAAAACAUUGAAUACCGGCUGAUUAAGAAACGAAAGCAUUGAUUUAUUUUGCAUUAAAGUAUACUUUUUUUAAUGGAGAGGGGAUUACUUAGGGAGAGGGCAUGUAGAAGAGAAUAUAUGGUAUUUACUGUUGCAUAAUAUACUUCCUUCACUUAUUAUAUCACUAAUUAUAUUAUUGUAUUUAUUGAUUGGAGCUUUAGGCCUUUUUUUUUGCCCAUGUUAACGAACUUUAAGUCAGCUUUUGUUGUUGUGUUUUUUUGUUAUUUUCUUAUUUAACAUUUUCAAUGUAUGGCAGUAACUUAACAGAUAUCAUUCAAUUGUUUUGUUCUUAAAGUCGAUGGAAUUAUUGUGUCAAUGUUUUGCAUUAUUUUAUAUAUCAAAACUAUAUACUCAAUAUAUAAUAUUGUGUACUCAAUAAAAGGUAACAGUUUUAGGACAAAUAUUGAUAUUAUUUUAUGUGUACUCAUUUCUUUUAGGACUAGACUAUUGCUAUUGACUUGUGAUUAUAAAUUGCUGAUAAGAUUUUAUUGUUUGUGUAUGUGAGUUACAACAAAUAACAAUUUAGGGUGGGUGGGUAUUAUUCUUGCCUAGUGUUUGAUUUGUAUACAGCGUCAUAAUAUUUGCUUCAUAUUGUUUUUGUUGUAAAUAAACAGGUGACUAGUAUAUAGAUCAGGGUAAAUGUUUCACUAGCAUAUGUGUACAUUUUGAAAAUACAAUAUCAUACUGUAUGCAAUAUUUAUAUUCUUAAAUCAUGCAUAUUACAUACAAGGCUUUGAAGGUUAAAUGAAGUUUAUGAAAAGUGA